AUGUUUGACUAUCUCAUCGUCGGCGCCGGCCCAUCAGGAUUAUGCGCGGCUAAAACAAUACGCGAGUGCGAGCCGGAUGCCAAUGUGAAGAUUCUCGACUCAAAUAGGACUGUCGGCGGUGUUUGGGCCAAAGAGAACAUCUACCCUGGGCUCAAAACAAACAAUCUCCGUGGUGGAAUCGACUUUUCCGACUUUCCCAUGCACGAUGGUUUCGGUGUUCGUAAAGGGGAGCACCCCUCAGGGGAAUCGAUGCAUGCGUACUACAAGGCAUAUGCGGAGCGAUCUGAUCUGUUGAAAUUGAUCGACUUUGAGACGUAUGUCCAGGAAAUCUCAAGACUCGAGGGGACCGAAGGAUGGAAUUUGAAAUUGAAUUCUGGCUCAACGACCGACGUCCAGACGAAGAAACUGAUUAUCGCAACCGGAGUCACCAAUCAUCCACAUCGACCCGUCCUCCAGGACUCGGAGAGUUUUAGGGGCCCGAUCAUUCAUUCUGCAGAACUUGGAACAAAAGGAAACCUUCUGAUCAAGGAUCCGGAGGUGAAGACGAUAGCGGUGUUGGGAGGAGGAAAGUCAGCAUACGAUGCGGUGCACUUUGCUGGAAGCUCUGGUCGUCGAGUCGAAUGGAUCAUCAGAAAAUCAGGCAAAGGCCCUGAAUGGGUAUUCCCUAGCCACACGAACAUCGGACCGAUCUCAACGCCCCGAGAACGACUGACUUCAAGAAGAAUUGUCUCCUUUUUUAGUCCGUGUCUCUGGAAAGAUGGUUUCAGCUGGAUCCGAUAUUUCCUGCACUUCACCACGCUCGGAAAACUCAUCUCGCAAAAGUUUUGGGCCAAUAUCCAUCAGGCGACUCUGGAUGAUUGUGGGAUGUUGAAGGAUGAGCGGACCAAGGUCCUGGAGCCAGAACAAAGCCCCUUCUGGUAUGGUACGGCGACCGGAAUCUACUGCUACGAAAAUGACAUUUAUGAAAUGAUCAAACAUGGCCAAGUUCGCGUCCAUCGUGAAGACAUAUCCCGUCUCUCCCAGGGAGCCAUCGGCUUUGCCAGCGGGAAGACUGUCCAAGCCGAUGCGUUGAUUACUGCGACCGGAUUCUCCGCAAAACUGACACUCCAGUUCACUCCCAGCACUGUUCAUUCCGAUCUGGGCAUUCCAUCGACAUCGCUCACGCCGGUUCAACACCAAUUCUGGGAAGACCUAGAACAGAAAGCUGAUCUGACCAUCGCUGCAAGCUUUCCCCGUCUUUUGCGUGGACCAUUCAAAUCGCCCAGUUCCGAGAUCGCGCAACCGUACAACCCGGGCUUGGAUCCUGAGAUGAACUACACGCCUUUUCGACUCUAUCGAGCCAUCGCACCACCGGGAUUGACCGUGAAAGGCGACCACUCGGUAGCCUUCAUCAGCAUGUUCUCCAACCAGGCCAACACUCACCGAUGUGAAUUACAAUGUCUGUGGGCCUACGCCUAUCUCAACCACAAACUAGACAUAGACACUUCGACCGUGUUUGAAGAGACGGCUCUGAUGACGCGGUACGUUCGACACCGGGCCCCCUACGGCCACGGUCGGUUCUUCCCUGAUUUGGUGUUUGAUCAAGUGCCCUACUUCGACCUGCUGCUUCAGGAUCUCAAACUGAGAUAUUGGCGGAAAGCAAAUAUCGUCGCCGAAUUGUUUGACUCGUAUCUCAGUGUAGAUUACAAGGGCGUCGUGCAGGAGUGGCUCAAGGCUAACAAUGGCAAAACAACCUCAGAGACUGAUCCUCUCUUAAGUGGUGGCAAAAUAUGA